GAAGUGCAGUAGCGUGCCGCGCGUCGUGGGUAACGGUCGUGUCUUCUCUCUUACCAGAUUGUUCGUGAACAAAGUGACGCUGUGUGAAUGGCCUCAGUAUCCAAAUUUUGUGUAGUGACAUAGUGCUUGGCUUUAAUAUAAACUGUGACAUUUUGCUGAUUUCAUCGCACAAUCUCAAGAUCUUAAUAGUUCCUGACAGACCGUCCGUCGCGACUAGACAAAUGAUCGGGCCGUGUUUAUGAGGUCACCGCGGCGCGAGGCUCAGUCGCGGACCAGGAGAUGACGCGCGCGCGGUGCUCGGGCAGCGCCCUGCUGGUUUUGCUGUUGGUGCUCUGCCCAUUGGCUAUCUCACGCAACGAUGACGACUUCGAUUUUGAUAACAAUGACGAGUUCCAGGUUGAACUGACAGCAAACCAUUCAGAAAUAGCAAAAAAUGGCCUAAGAAGAUUAUGGGGUGUUCCCGACACAUCGGCCUACGUGGGCCAUCUGUUCCGUAUGGAAAUACCCAAAGAAGCUUUCUCCGGUGACGUCGUAGCUUACAAGCCACAGCGCGCUCAGCUCGGAGCUCACACGCUCGCCGUUGUCGCGCACGGACACACGCGAGGGCUCACUGCCACAGACUACUUCACUAUAGAGUUUAUGGCACUUGAUGGGGACGAAUUUUCAAUGGAGCCGUACAAAGCGGAAUCAGUUCGAGGCCAGUCGGUGCUGAUGAGCGGCGCGGGCACGACGCAGCGCAAGCGCAGCGACGCCGCCACCGCCAUCUAUCUCAAUGUGGGGUGCGGCGACAGGCUGUGGGCGCGGCACAAGGUGCUGGUGGGCGGGCUGCGCGAGCAGGCGCGCGACGGCUCGCUGGCGCAGCUGCUGCGCCUGCCGCUGCUGGGCUGGCGGCUGCUGGCGCUGCGCCCCGCCGCGCCGCUGCUGCGCCCCAAGAGACAGUCAGCUAUAGACGGGUCGGGAGCGUACGACACGUACGACGGCGAGGAGGACGGCGCAGACUACAGCGGGGACUACGACGAUGAUGAUGACGACGAGGACUUCCCCAUCGACUCGCUCUCGGAGCCGACCGAGCCCGCCACCGAACACGCGCCGCGGGAACCACCCCCGCUACAACCCGAACCCGAACCCGAACCACAACCCCUCCCGCAACCGACCCCCCAAACCACAACCGAAACCCCCACUGCAGCCGCCACAGAGGAAACCACACCCGAGCCCGUCUCUACUAAUACGUACACAACAGAGGUAGUGAAAAUCACACCAUAUACUGAGGCGGUAUCGGAAUCAAGCGAAUCAAAUAGAAUUGAUUUAGGUAUUGAGGAAGCUCGUAAGUUCCUUCACUCGCCAGUCAUCAUAUCCCCGGAAGAUGUUCCGACUACCUCAGAACCAGAAAUGCAAACUGUAAUAAUACGAGCGUCCAACGAACUGCCGCCGGCGUCCUCGGAGCAGCCGACCAUGCCCACCGCGGUGACGUCACCUUCGCCCUCGCCCACCGACGCCGCGACCACAGAGACCACGCCGACUGUCUCCACCACGCAGUCCACCACAACUUCCACCACGACCACGACGACAACGACCACAACCACAACGACUACGACGCCCGCGCCGACCACCACCGCCCCGCCGCCCACCACACCGCCAACGACCACGCCCCUCAUUAUCUCAACCCCGCCCACAACCACGCCCGUUCCAGAAACCACUCUACAGGAGGUUACAAAACAGGAGGUGCCGCUGUCGUCGGAGCGCAGCAGCACCAUAGUGGGGCGCACGACGGAGACGGUGACGUUCCCCAUGCCGCCCAACCAGCCGCCCUCGCUGCGGUAUCACAUGAAGAAGCUCGCCAUCACCGCCGGCAAGGCCUUCAGAUACAUAAUCCCCGCGGACCUGUUCUCGGACCCGGAGGAGGGCAGCAACCUGACCUUCACGAUGUACGACGCGGACAACGUGCCUCUGCCGCCCUCCUCCUGGAUACAGUUCAUACCCGCCAAGAGGGAGGUGUACGGAUUACCUCUAGAAUCUCACGUAUCCAGAUGGAACUUCAGAGUCGAGGCUCAAGACAGCGAGGGGCUGGUGGCGCGAGGUCCGCUCGACAUCACGGUGCAGCAACACAAAGGCGGCCGGACCAUCAACCACCAGUUCAUCAUGCAGUUCAAACUGCUGAAGCAGUACACCAACACCAUCGACUGGCAGAUACGAGCCCUCGAGGGUAUCGUCAACCUCUUCAGGGAUACCGACAUGGACCAUCUGACGGUCCUCAAUGCCACCGUCACCGGAGACCUCUGCGAAUACGUCUGGACCAAUGACACUUUGCCUAAAGACCCUUCGUGUCCCAUGGACGAUAUUAAUAGGCUCAUGAAGAUAAUGGAAUCUGAUACGGAGCCUGGGGCGCCGUCGUUGGCGCUGACGCGCGCGAUGUCGCCGGAGCUGGGCGCGGCCGAUGCAAAUAUGAUGAAUUAG